AAAUUUCCUAUUUUUCCUAAAAAUUUGUAAAACAGAGCAAUGGACAAAAUACCCUGAAGAUUUGACAUGAACUCUGAAAAAUCAAGCUCAGCCGCAUUCGAAGUUGAAGCAAACCUAAAUACACUCUUGCCUUUUGUACCUGUGGAAAAUCUAGGUGAAUUAAACUUAGGGGAGCAGAAGUUCAACCCUCAGGAGCUAUCUGAAUUUGACUUGCCUCCAGCACCCUUACAUCACUUUAAUUCAGAAGAUAACACUCCAAGGGAAGGAAUGGGAGGGAAUAAUGAUUCAAAUAUGGUUCAGAUUUCUGAAACAAAUAACGAUUUCAUAAAUCUUCCUCUACAAAACUUACCCGAGUUUGCCUCAACAUCCUUCAACCAAAAGGCUGAAGAAGGCAGUAGUAUUAAAAACAGGUUUUCAUUAAUAACACAUGAGGAUAAAGAAGCUCCUCCUUUAAAAGGAAUGAACAAGGUGGAAUCAAUGCCAAUGAUAUUCCAGAGAAAUGAUGGAGCAUCUCAGCCUCACUUUGAUCUUAAUCUAAAAGGCACUAAACCCGCAGUUUCAAAUUUUUACCAAGAUUUAGUACUUGAAGACUCUGACGACUCGGAUGGGAAGAGUCCUUGAAAUUCACUCAAUACUGGAAGGUUCCAAUUCGCACAGAAAAUAAACGAAGGCUCUGCAACAUUCUUAGUGAAUGAUCUUGUUGAGGUUGAGAAAAGAAAAGCACAGCAUUCCAAAAGUAUUAUGGACUCUAACCCAUGUGAUCCAAUUUUUAAUGAAAAAGACCGGUUUGUGCUAAAUGAUUUCUCUCAUGGCCCUACUCAAGACCCUUCUGCAAACAUGGCUUUGGAUCGUUUUGAGUCAAACACAGCUGAUGGUAUUAAAGAAAAACAUGAAUCCCACAUAAAUUUGCCUCAGAUAUCGCAGCUCUUGCCCUCAUUACCAACCCAUCAGGCUGAAAAGAGUGUAAAAGGGACUCAUUCCCGACAUAUAUCCGUUGAAGCCCAGACUCAAAAUGAAAAAUUACCAAAUAUGACUCCGAACUUUCUAGAAACUGAUAAAUAUCUCGACAACAAAUCCUUCGAUGCACCCAUUGAAGUUGCUCUUCCUCGGCAGCUUCAUGAAGAAUCAUCUAAAUCCAUCAAAGGGAAGACCAGAGAUGGCUCAACAAAAGGAGACAUCCCCAAUCAGGACCAGGCAGAGAGAUUUAUUAGCAUAAAUUGUAAAGAUCAAUCUGUGUCACCUCAAGAAAUCAAUGGUCGAAUGCCUUCAAAACAAUCUAGUGAUGAAAGCCAUCUCGACCAAAAGAUGCAAGAGAGUACGCCUGAGCCAGUGCAUUUUCAUGACCACCAAAAUGAGGUACCAUUCCUUCAGACAGAAGUAAGACAAGAAGAUCAGAAAAUUUCUGAAAAUAGCACUGAUAGAAAAGCCAACCAGGGGCUUCUUCAAAAUGAUGAAUACAUCAAUCAGGAUUAUAAUUCAAAUGAUAAUAUACCAAGCGAAGACGGCUAUAAAUCAAGUAAAUCACUUAUCAAGAAGAAAUCUCUCAAAGAAGUCAAGAUCAAGAUAACUGGCAGAUUUGAAGAAAGUGUCUAUGAGGGAAAAAAUAGCUUCUCUCAACCUGAAGAUGGCAAGAAUUACAUUGGCCAAGACAUUCAUAACUCAAAAGAUGAAACUCCUCCUAGCAGAUUUCAAGAAUUUGAGAGACCUUGUGGUGUGAAGAAACAUGUUAAUAAUAUUACUAAACAAAACAGUGUGAAUCUCACUUCAGGCAUCAUGAUGCCUCUCUCAGGAAAAAGUCAUGAAGAAGAUUGAGCACAAGAGAAUAGAUUUAUUGGUAACCAAACUUCUAAAGUGAGAAAUCACAAAUCAUUUGGCCCUAAAUCCUUGGAGAACCAGAACAGAUUUAAGAUGACUAAAAGUCCCACCCUAAACUUUGAAGAUCGGAAAGGACUCAACUUUCAUGCAAGAGAUUAUGAAGGAAGGCACGACGAAACUCCAUGCCCCGAGAGUAGCCAUGGUUAUCCCUCAAGUAAACACUCUGAAGAAGUAGAUCAGCCCCAAAUAGAAGAGGAAAAACAGUCGUUUGCUCAAGAUACCAAGACUAUUGUAAGCAAUAGAGGUAGCAACCGCAUUAGAGGUGGAGCAGUAACCCAAGGAUUCAUGGGAUUUGACAAAAGAAAACCUGAUAUCAAGAAAUACCAACAGGAAAAUAUUGAGAAAACUGAAAAAUAUACACAACAAAAUGACUAUCAGAGCUAUCCUGCAAUUCAACACCCUCAAAUAUAUGGAAGAUAUGAGAACGUGCAUCGAUCUCCAUAUGGAUACAUACACCCAUAUGAAGCUCAAAAUGAGAUGGGAGACUCCAAGGAGGAGCCUAAUUAUAAUAUGAUCCACGCUUCGUACAUCCAUAACUUCCAGUCGCGGACAAGUGAUUAUCUCAACACAAUGAGUGAAAUGAUGUCCACAAUGUGCGCAUACAACAGUAAAAACUUUAAAAUAAUGAUGGACUCACAUACCCAAAUUAUGAGCAAGCUUCUUGACAAAGUAAAUAGUCCAAAAAGGCCUAAAAAUACACAUGAAAGCAAUAAAGAUGACUAA